AUGAAAAUUGAUAUUCAUAGCCACAUUCUACCUAAGGAAUGGCCUGACCUAGAAAAGAGGUACGGGUAUGGUGGAUGGGUACAGCUGGAUCACCACUGCAAGGGACAGGCAAAGAUGAUGAAGGAUGGAAAGGUUUUUAGAAUUAUUCAAGAGAACUGUUGGGAUCCAGAAGUACGGAUUAAAGAGAUGAACCUAUCAGGAGUCACAGUCCAAGUCCUUUCCACAGUCCCUGUCAUGUUCAGCUACUGGGCCAAACCUCAGGAUACUUUAGAUCUAGCCCAGAUAUUAAAUAAUGACUUAGCUGCUACAGUACAAAAAUACCCCAAGAGGUUUAUCGGCUUGGGUACGUUACCUUUGCAAGCUCCAGACCUGGCUGUGAAGGAAAUGCAUCGCUGCGUGAAUGAACUUGGAUUUCCUGGAGUACAAAUAGGAUCUCAUGUCAAUGAAUGGGACCUGAAUGCACCAGAACUGUAUGAUAUUUAUGCUGCUGCUGAACAAUUAAACUGCUGUCUCUUUGUGCAUCCCUGGGACAUGCAGAUAGAUGGAAGGAUGUCCAAAUAUUGGUUUCCCUGGCUAAUAGGAAUGCCCACGGAAACAACCAUAGCCAUUUGCUCCAUGCUUAUGGGAGGCAUUUUUGAAAAAUUUCCUAAGCUGAAAGUUUGCUUUGCACACGGAGGUGGAGCUUUUCCAUACACAGUGGGGCGAAUCUCCCAUGGAUUCAAUAUGCGCCCUGAUUUGUGUGCACUUGAUAAUAAGGUGGAUCCAAGAAAAUACCUUGGUUCAUUUUACACAGACUCCCUUGUCCAUGAUCAUGGUGCACUAAGGCUGCUGACAAAUGUAAUAGGAGAGGACAAAGUUAUUCUGGGGACAGAUUACCCUUUUCCACUUGGUGAGCUGGAACCUGGAAAAUUGAUUGAUUCAAUGGAAGAUUUUGACAAUAAACUGAAGGAUAAACUCAAUGCUGGAAAUGCUCUGGAAUUUCUGGGUCUUAGCAGAAAACAAUUUGAAUGA